UGUUUUGAGAAGGAGAUCAGAAAUCCAAGAGAAUCAGCUCAAAGGAGAGAGUCGCCCCUCAGUGACAGAUCUGAAACCAGCAAUAGGAAAAAAGGGGGGGGGCAAAGCCCCUUUACGAUACAGGGCUGUGGAGGCAGAUAAAGAGAGGACGACAGGCUGACAAGACCGUGAAAUAAAUAGAGGACUAUUACUCUCUGGGUUGUUUGACCAGGCUGGUUUCCACGGUGACAACAUGGGAGCAGUGGUGGGCACUUUGACCAUGCAAACCAAGCAAAGGAGACCAUCCAGAGAUAAAACAGAUGAUGAGCUUGAGAUGACAACGGUGUGUCACAGGCCAGAGGGUCUUGAGCAACUGGAAGCCCAAACUAACUUCACCAAACAGGAGCUGCAGAUCCUCUAUCGUGGCUUCAAGAAUGAAUGUCCCAGUGGUGUGGUAAAUGAGGAGACAUUUAAACACAUUUACGCACAGUUCUUCCCUCAUGGAGAUGCAAGCAUGUAUGCACAUUAUCUUUUCAAUGCAUUUGACACUACAAACAAUGGCUCCAUUAAGUUUAAGGACUUUGUAACGGGGUUGUCCAUACUGCUGCGAGGAACACUGAGAGAAAAGCUUGAGUGGACGUUUCACCUUUAUGACAUUAACAAAGAUGGCUACAUAAACAGAGAGGAAAUGACUGAGAUUGUGAGGGCCAUUUAUGACAUGAUGGGAAAGUACACCUACCCUGCACUAAAGGGAGACGUCUCCCAGCAGCAUGUGGAUGCCUUUUUUCAGAAAAUGGACAAAAACAAAGAUGGAGUGGUGACUUUAGAGGAGUUUAUCAUAGCCUGCCAGGAGGAUGAAACCAUGAUGAGAUCCAUGCAGCUGUUCGAAAACGUGAUGUAGGACCAGAGGAGAUGAUGGAGACAAAGACAUAGGAAAUAAGAGGGCUUGGUGUGAGUGCGUGUGUGUGGAUGCAUAUGUGCAAUACGUCUGGUCUCUCCUUCUCUUCCCAUCUCAUCAAACUGUGGUCUGGAUACAGCCAGAAUGCCCCACAAUGACUUGAAUGAAGGGAUUGGACUGGAAUGCUUUUAGCUUUCCUGCUGAGUUUUUUUCCACACAAUACAAAGUCACUAAUGUGACAGACUUGGACGUAUAAAGACAUUGCUCUCAGUCCUGUUAAAGAUAAAGAUGCUCCAACAUUACAAGGCUGCUCCCAACCAGCAAAAAGCUAUUGCUCAACCAGCUGAACUUUAUUUUUUGCCAAAAUAAAUGCAUGCUUUUGCAAGAGGUUCUGAUUCAUCUCCAAACAUUUGUCAUAGCUGUUAUGGGAAUUUGGCCAUAAGGACUUCUAUAUUUAGCUCAUGCAUCUAGUGUCUGACAGAUGUGACAUUUUUUUAAAUGCCAUGUGUUGGUAUCACUGUUGCAGUGACCCCUGUACUCCUGUGUCGACCUGGCUGUCGCUUGCCUGCUGAGUCUGUCUGAUGCUUAUAUUGUCUGUCUAAAGCUUCCAGUAGAAAGCCAAACAUUUUGGAAGCAGUACGUUUCCUGGGUCUUAUAUGGUGUGUGUGUGUGUCUUUCUGUCUAUGUUGGAACUUAGUGAAAAAGGAUGAAGACAUCAAUUAAUUCCUUUAUAUUUUCACCUGCUGCUUAGCUUCUUGUGGUCAAAUCGGUGUGUUGUCAAAAAUGUACGAAAAAAAAAGUAUUGUGAAAAAUGUGCAUUCAUUUUGGAUUUCAUGAUGAAGUGCCCACAAAACUUAUUUGUUGACUAAUUCGCCUGUAAGAGGCUUGUGAUCAUCAAACUAAUAUCUUUAUUUGCACAGGUGACAGGUGAUCAAGGUCGGAGAUGAAGACAGUGUUAACAGUAAAAUAUUUGUAUUGUACAGCGUUAUUGAUCAUGCUCAUUGGUAUGUAAUAUACAAGAAAUAUGGUAGGAAGAUGGGUCCGUCUGAUGAAAUCCUGGUAUGAGAAAGUCUCAGAUAAUCUUGCAGGGAAAUACCAUUGAAUGUCAGCUUUGGAAUGUGAUAAUUUGAUGACACUGAGGGCAGCUCCAUCUGUAUUAGUUAACAUUUGGCACUGCCUCCUCCAUCCAAAUCAGGCCUGUGACGUCACACUGGUGUACAUUACAGGUACAGACAGAACAGGAUGACUCCUGCAGAUGGUUGUCUGUGAGUCAGGGUGUCUGGGGAGUCAUCGCUAUAAUAGAAAACUCACUAGGACAUAGUAGUUUAUGCACUAAAAUAUUUAUCACUGUUCUUUUUGCUGUCAGUGGAGCAGCUCUUUGCUGUAUGGUACAUCAGUGUGACAAUACAGCCUCUGGUCUCUGAUAUCUUGGUUUGGAACAGAGUUGUUAAAUCUCACAGACAGAAUAUUAAUUUUAAGCCAUAAAAAUAAAUAUGUAAAUUCUUAAAUUGAGUGGUGUCUUACUUUACAGUUGUUCUCUCUUGUAUGCAAAUGUGUGCAUAUGUGUGUGUCUAUGACUGUGUGCAUUU